GGCGAGAAUAACGUAGGUAACAAGGCGAUUGUGAACCACGCAUGCGUACUGCGGGCCUUGGGGAGAAUCAAUACAGUGCCUUUAUACAGCCAACUGAUUUAGACAAUACUUGGGACAUUGUGUGACAACAAACCGCGAACAUGUUGCGGUUUAUUGUGCUCGCGGCAGCUUUUGCAAAUGUGAACUGCGAACCAGAAACGGUUAGGGAGAACUUUGACUACUUGAGUUACGGAAACAACGAUGACUUCCUCAAGAACUUGGACCUGCACAUGCCAAGAGAUGAAGUGGUUCUCCGGCCUCAAGAGGUGAAGGACUGGCCGCAGCAGUCCCUCAAUGUUGGACAGAUAACAGCUGUCUCCAUCAACUCUCUGGGACAACCGGUGAUCUUCCACAGAGCUGAACGCAUCUGGGACGAGAGUACCUUCAAUGAAACAAACGCCUACCAGAACGUCGAGCAAGGGCCUAUAAUUGAAGACACGAUCUUAGUAUUAGACCCCCACACGGGGUCAGUGCUUCACAGUUGGGGCUCGCAUGCCUUCUACAUGCCCCACGGCCUCACCGUUGACCACCACGAUAACGUCUGGGUCACUGACGUUGCUAAGCAUCAAGUCUUCAAGUACACGCCAAACAACCACAAAUACCCAACACUGACGAUCGGGGAAGCAUUCACGGCCGGCUACCCUUAUCGGAAGAGAGUACUCCUCUGCAUGCCCACCUCGGUAGCUGUGGCCACCACGGGGGAAAUAUUCGUCGCUGACGGAUAUUGCAACAACCAAAUCCUGAAAUUCAACGCUGCCGGAUCGAUGCUGUUCGCUAUACCGACGUUCUCCGAAUCUUUAAGCCUGAAUCUCCCUCACAGUGUGACUUUACUAGAACACCUAGACAUAGUCUGCGUGGCAGACAGAGAGAAUAUGAGGAUUGUGUGCCCGAAGGCCGGAUUAAAGAGUUACAUCAAGAUGAUGGAUCCAGCGACGAUCAUUGAGGAUCCUACGUUGGGAAGGGUAUUCGCUGUGACGUCACACGGGGAUACGAUCUAUGCUGUAAACGGGCCCACGUCGCAGAAUAUCGCAGUAAGAGGCUUCACGGUUAACGCUCUGUACGGAAACAUAUUGGACACUUGGGAACCUGCCACGGGCUUCACGAACCCACACUCGCUGGCUGUCACACGGAACGGCUCACAUUUGUACGUAACGGAAAUUGGACCCAACAAGAUAUGGAAAUUUGAGCUCACCGACGUAUACGAUAAGAAGUAGAAUCGUUCACCUGUAGACAAUUUUGUAGGGCUACUAAAAAACCAUAGAGAAAUUGCUUUAAACGCGAUCGCGAAUAAAAUUCGCUUUGUACAGACUAGUUUUAGUUGAAAAGAAACGAAUGAUGGAUCAUGGAUUUGUAUAGAGUGGAAAUGGGGUUAUCAGUAUUUGAAAAUAUAAUAAAGUAAUAUUUAAAAUAGGCUCUGUUCAUUUAAAUUUGAAUAUAUUAUGUAUACUUUAAUUACUAUAAUGCUUGUAUUUCCCUAAAUAUUUAUAAUGACAUAAAAAUAACACUAACUUCAUUUUAAUACUUACAUAUGAAAAUAUAAGUACUUAAACGUUGAAUGUUUUAUAAAUAUUAUAUUCAACUAAUACUACUACUAGUACCUACCAAAGCGAAUGCAGUUAUGCCUUCUUUUUAUAAAAUUUGAUUGUGCAUGUAACUCAGAAUAAUGAGUUAGUUAAACAGUUUUUGAUUAAUGUACCUAGUCAGAAUAUUUUUAUCAAUCUCAAGAAAAAAAACUCGGAUAAAUGGUUUUUGUAUUGACUUCAAUAAUGUCAGUGGUACUUGGUAUGUAGGUAUUUAGUGAAUACACUUACCUACAUAAUAUAUUAUUCAAAUCAUUCAUCAUCACGACCCAUCACGUCCCCAAUGCUGGGGCACGGGUCCCCUUUCAAUGAAGAAAUGGUUUUAGGCCUAGUCCACCACGCUGGCCUAGUGACAAAUAAUGUUACAUAUUCAAAAAUAUAACAUUAUUAUUACACGAUACGGAUAAGAUUACUGAUGGCCAGAAAAGGCCUUUGUACAGUUUUUAUAGUUUGCAAAAAC